AUCACUCUCACCCUCUCCCAAACUCAUUUGUAACCCUCACGUCACUCCUUCUCCUUCUCCUCCUCUCUUCUCCUCGGCUUCUUUUCUCCAACCAAUCAAGAGCCCUGCAAUUUGUGCGUUUGGUUCAAAGCCCAGAAGCUAUUUCGUACGAGCACUUCACACCAUGCAAAACCGAGAAGCCAUUUCGUACCUGACGCAGAGCCAAGCUGCUGAGAUCGAUGAGAUUCUCAUGGGUCCUCUGGGUUUCAGUGUGGACCAGUUGAUGGAAUUGGCUGGUUUGAGCGUGGCCACUUCAAUAGCAGAGGUCUAUAAACCAAGCGAGUAUAAUCGUGUCCUCACGAUUUGUGGCCCUGGAAACAAUGGCGGUGAUGGUCUUGUGGCUGCUCGUCACCUGCAUCACUUUGGAUAUAAGCCAUUUAUCUGUUAUCCAAAGCGUACUGCUAAGCCUCUUUAUACUGGUCUGGUCACUCAACUGGAAUCACUGUCAGUCCCUUUCAUAUCUGUAGAAGAUCUGCCUUUGGACUUGUCAAAGGACUUUGACAUAGUUGUAGAUGCAAUGUUUGGGUUUUCAUUCCAUGGAGGUGGUUCUGGAGUUCUUUACAGAGGUGCUCCAAGGCCCCCUUUUGAUAAUCUGAUACAAAAGCUUAUUUGUAUCAAUCAAUAUGAUCAGACACGCCAAAAGUCCUGUGUCGUUGUCUCCAUAGAUAUCCCAUCCGGGUGGCAGGUUGAAGGAGAUGGUGGUCCGGAAGGCAUUCAGCCCGACAUGUUGGUUUCUCUGACUGCUCCAAAGUUGUGUGCGAAGAACUUUUGUGGUCCACACCAUUUUCUGGGUGGUCGAUUUGUCCCACCAUCUAUUGCUGAUAAAUUUAAGCUUCGUCUUCCCCCAUAUCCAGGCACUUCUAUGUGUGUACGAAUUGGAAAGCCUCCGCAAGUUGAAAUUUCUGCUCUAAGAGAGAACUAUAUUUCUCCUGAGUUUCUUGAGGAACAGGUGGAGGCUGAUCCCUUUGAUCAGUUCCGCCAAUGGUUUGACGAUGUAGUGGCUGCUGGCUUAAGGGAACCAAACGCGAUGGCCUUAUCAACCGCUUGCAAGGAUGGAAAACCCUCAUCACGAAUGGUAUUGCUGAAAGGAUUUGAUAAGAACGGUUUUGUCUGGUAUACCAAUUAUGAAAGUCGAAAGGCACAGGAAUUGUUUGAAAAUCCUCAUGCAUCUCUUCUUUUCUAUUGGGAUGGUCUGAAUCGUCAGGUGAGAGUGGAAGGAUCUGUGCAGAAAGUUUCUGAGGAGGAAUCUAACCAGUACUUCCAUAGCCGCCCUCGAGGAAGUCAGAUUGGAGCAAUAGUUAGCAAGCAGAGUACUAUAGUUUCUGGAAGGCAUGUUCUCUACAACCAAUAUAAAGAACUAGAGGAAAAAUUCUCAGAUGGAAGUUUAAUUCCUAAACCUAAGAACUGGGGUGGAUACAGACUUAAGCCAGAGAUGUUUGAAUUUUGGCAAGGUCAAAAAUCUCGCUUGCACGACAGGCUGCGAUAUUCUCCUCGGGAGAUCAAUGGACAACGAGUAUGGAAAAUUGAGCGAUUGGCUCCUUGAAUAAGUUCAGCACCUUCAUUUUGAAGUUCAGCCUUCAGGUUAUUAUGUAAUUCUUACUCAUAGUUACUGGUCCUAUUAUUUUAUAUAUUUUUCUCUCUGGCAUGCAUGUGUAAUGUAAUGGUAGGUAAAGUCAUGAUUAUUUAUUUUUGUGAUGGGUUCUGAAAGUACAGUAUAACAAACACUUGAGUAUAUCAAACACAAAACUGUGGUUGGGAGAUGUAGCAGAUUGCAGAUGAUCUGUUGCCACUUCUAUUGCCCAAUCAUCCUUAUUGGUCAAUCUUCUUGCAAUUUUAGUAUAAUACAUUGCCAGAGAAUGGAACAUAGAUACCAACUAUACAAAAACUUGGUGAAUUAGGUACUUGUCAAUGGUGCAGACAUUUUUUGUUUCUAUUAGUA